ACUGAGACAUUCUACCAAACGAUCCCUUAGUGGAUCAGGUUGUUUUUUGUUUUUUUAAUAAUAUAAAAUCAAUUGACAUUAAUUGGGGGACUGAGCACGUGUAAUGUUUGUUUUAUUUUGAGAAAAAAUAAAAAGAAGAAGAAUUUCCCUUGGUUUCGUUAAGGCGGGGAAAGGAGUGAGAGUCGUUUGGAAGAUGGGGAGUUGGUCAUACCCAGAUGCAUCUCUGGAAGAUUUGGUGAAAAUGGUAAAAGGGUUCAUAGAUAUGACCAUUCUUGCUUCUGGGCAUCAAUCAUCUGGUCGUCUUGCCCACUGGGAUUCCCAAAACAUUAAGAAUGCGCUUCAGUUGGCUCUCUUUCUUGAACACGUGAUGAGAGACCUAAGUAGCUCAGACGACUACAGAGACUCUUUGGAGGAGCUUGAUGCAGCUUUAUGUGGAGUGAUCUCUAAUCCAUAUUUCCCCCAGGGUCUAGCACAUUUUUCCUCGAAGGUCCUUUGCAAAGUGAGUGAAUUCAUGCUAGAACAUCUCAUCAGCGUCUUCCCUCUGAGGGAUGAACACCUCAAAGCUUUACUGACUGCAAAUGUUGAGAUGGAUUAUCACAUGCACCCGAAGACAGAUAGUCGAUCCCUCAAUGAAAUAUUUGAAACUUUAAUGUUUAAUACAUCUAAAACCCUGUCAAUAAUGAGAAAUUUUUUUUUAAGGGAGGAAUCUCUAAACUCAUCGCCAAAUUCUUCUCCAAGUGGACAAGCUGAUGAUUCAAUCAGGUGUCCGCUUUCUCUCUUCACUGCACAAGCGCUUGAGAGGAGGCAACAAUCAGUUUCAUUGAUAUCUUCAGCAGAGACAGGCUUGGAUAUUUUGUCUAGUGGCUUAAGAGAUUUGUAUGUGAGGGAAGAUGACGAUGCCUUAACUGUAAAAGUGAAUCAGACAACUAAUUUCAUGACUGAAGAAAGACGAAUCGGUUCUGCUGUCUGGAAUUCUUGGAAAUCAAGAAGCCUCUCAUAUUUGCUUGACAAGAGAACUAUUAGACUGGUCUCAGGUGCCAGCCUGCUGUUUUCUGCCCCGAAGAGCCAAUGGAUUCAAGUGUUUCAGCGGAUGGAUAUAUCAUCUCAACUCGAAGAUAGUAUCUCCCUCGAGAAAGAGGAGCUCUUGUUGCUAGGAUGUGUAGUGGAUAGAUGGAGUUUUCUGAUUGACCGUGUGAUGUUGACCUCUUAUGGGUUCGUCACUACUUCAAGGCUAUUCAAUGUGGUGCAUAACUUGGUACAGAGAGGUUGUAGAGCGGAAAUCAUCAACUCAAAGGAACAAGUAAUUAUUGAGUACCUUGACGUUUUCUUAGACAAUCGUCUAUAUCUCUUGUGGGAACUAUCUCCAGUCCUAGAAGCAUUUGCAAUUCCUUCCUGGUCAAAUUUGUUCAGAAAAUAUCUGACAUAGCUUGACCGUCAAGUUACAGGAGACUCUUCAUUAACUAGAUCCUGUAGCAGUACUAAGGAAAGGAAGGAGCAUAGAGAAUGUGAUGUUGCUGAGAGAAUUUGGUGCCUCCAUGUUUGUCAUGUUGGUGGUUCUGAUGUAGAAUCUGGUUCAUCUAGUGCUUGACAAUAUUUUCUCUUGAAGGUGUAACUGGGAAAGAAAAUAUCACGGGCAAUAAAUGGGAUAUAUUGGUAAGAUUCCUUCUAAUGCUUAAUUAGUGCUUCAGUACGAAAGAAUGAUGUUACAUCAAUCGGAAGGGCCCUUUGUUCUUUUUGAUGUUUGUAUGGUUGGUCAGGACCUACAAGAAACAACACACAGCUGGCUCGUUUGGUAUGAGAGAGAACCACCUCCACUCACUGCAUAUGUGAAAAGGACACCCAAUAUUAACGAAGCUGAUGCCUACAAAUGGAAUAUAUACACUUGAAAAGCACAAAUAUUAUAUUCCUCUUUACACAUUGCAUUAAAUUUGUGAUUUUCAAAGUCCCCUAAAACCAAUAGAUAUCUACUUUCCUACAUUGGUAAGCAGGCGAAGGUCAAAAAUCUUGAUGAUGGGAGGUUCAAAGAAGAACCAAAUGUUGAAGUGGCACGGAUGGAGAGUUGCACACAGCAGCGCUGAUGUUACAUUGACUGGUGUUGAAAGAAGAGCACCCGUGAAUUGUUUUAAAGGACUUCACAUUGCUAAGCAGUUAUAUUGGAGGUUAAAGUCACAAUGGAGGCGACUUCUGUCAUGGCAAAGAAGUUCUGUCCGUUUUACCUAUGAUGCUUACAGCUACUCUCAGAAUUUUGAUGACGGAUGCUCCAAGGAACAUCGUUCACCUUUAGCUCCUCGGUAAUUUUCAUCUUUUCAGAACAUUAUAGUCAACAAAUAACAAAGAGUUCCCACUUCAGUUGCCUGUUGAAGCAUUAAGAAUGGCAGAUUGCGCCCUCCUUUCUCUUGAUAUCAGGACUUCAUCAGUAAAACAGUUCAGCAAGUUGAUUAGAGUUCGUCAUGUUUCCAUUCCAUGCAGUUUUACAUACAGCAUAUUUUUCUGAAUUAUUUCACUUCUAGUGUUAAAGAUUAAAAAGUAUACUUUCUCAUUCCCAGCUUAUUAUUGUAUAUAUUACUGAAUGAACUUUAUCAAAAGAAAAUUCCAUCAGAAGUUUGAAAAUGCUAAUGACCACUGUUUCUCCA